CACGCACACACACCAUAUACAGAGAGAGAUAGUAUGCACCAGCUAGCGCUCAUACUCGCACCAAACUUAAUUACUCCACUACUACACUCGACGUGUGCAGCUGUAGACUGAUCCGGCUCCUAUAGGCAGUGCGCGGCCAUGACGACGUACAGGGUGUGCUGCUUCCGCCGGCGGUUCCGGCCGGCGUCGAACGAGCCGUCGGAGGCGAUCGGCGACCUAUUCCAGUCGUACGCCAGCGACGACAGCGGCGUUCUCGGGGAGGAGGCGCUCAGGAGGUUCCUCCGGGAGGUGCAAGGGGAGAUCAGCGACGACAACCUCGAGGAGUCGGCAAGGGAGGUCAUGGCGUUCGCGGCGGAGCAGAAGCUGCUGAAGAAGGGCGGCGGUGGGCUCACCGUCGAGGGCUUCCACCGCUGGCUCUCCAGCGACGCCAACGCCGCCCUCCAUCCUCGCCGAGGGGUUCAGGAUGACAUGACGCUACCGCUGUCGCACUACUUCAUCUACACGGGCCACAACUCGUACCUGACGGGGAACCAGCUGAGCAGCGGCUGCAGCGAGGCGCCCAUCAUCAAGGCACUACGCGACGGCGUCAGGGUCAUCGAGCUCGACCUAUGGCCGAACUCCGGCAAGGACGACGUCGACGUCCUACACGGCAGGACAUGGACGUCGCCGGUGGAGCUGGAAAAAUGCCUGGAGGCCAUCAAGGAGCACGCCUUCGUCUCCUCCCCAUACCCCGUCAUCCUUACCCUCGAAGACCACCUCACUCCCCAUCUCCAAGCCAAAGUAGCAAAGAUGAUCAAGGAAACAUUUGGGAACACACUCCACCUCACGGAGUCUGAGGCGAUGUCGGAAUUCCCCUCCCCCGAGGACCUCAAGGGCAAGAUCAUCGUAUCGACCAAGCCGCCAAAAGAGUAUCUCCAGACGAAGAGCAGCAAGGAGGAUUCACAAAAAGGCGGUGUGGAGGAGGAGGAAAGUGUAUGGGGGGAUGAAAUCCCGGACAACAAGGCCCUCAUGGCUGUUAAUCGUGAGGUUUCAGAGCAGGAUACCAAACUGUACGUUCAAGAAGAGGAAGAGAUGGAGAAGACAUCACAACAAGGGGUUAACAUGGAGUACAAGCGCUUGAUCGCGAUCAGCCUCACCCGGAGGAAGCACGACAUGGAUGAGGAUCUCAAGGUUGAUCCCGAUAAGGUAUCACGGAUGAGCUUGGGCGAAACGGCAUAUGAGAAGGCUACCAUGACUCAUGGAGCUGAAAUUAUCAAGUUUACACAGAAAAACUUGCUUCGGAUUUUCCCUCGGACGACGCGCAUUACGUCCUCCAAUUAUAAUCCACUAAUGGGCUGGAGAUAUGGAGCUCAGAUGGUUGCAGCAAACAUGCAGGGCCAUGGAAGGAAACUUUGGCUGACUCAAGGGAUGUUUCGAGCAAAUGGUGGCUGCGGUUACGUGAAAAAGCCCGAUUUUCUGAUGAACUGCGAUAAAAUGUUUGAUCCAAGAUCUAAUCUACCAGUAAAGACAAGGCUAAAGGUGACUGUCUACAUGGGAGAUGGGUGGCGAUUCGACUUUCACAAGACGCAUUUCGACAAGUUCUCACCACCAGACUUCUACGCAAGGGUGGGUAUAGCAGGAGUGAUGGCAGACACUAGGAUGGAGGAGACAAAGGUGAUCAUGGACAACUGGAUACCGACGUGGGACCACGAGUUCGUAUUUCCUUUGGCGGUGCCGGAGCUCGCCCUUCUCCGGGUGGAGGUGCACGAGUCCGACAACCACCAAAAGGAUGACUUCGGUGGCCAGACCUGCUUGCCGGUGUGGGAGCUCCGGCCUGGGAUUCGCUCCGUCAGGCUAUGCGGCCGUGAUGGCGAGAUGAUGCGGUCAGUCAAGCUCCUAAUGCGCUUCGAGUUUGUAUGACAAGCUUGCGAGGUGUCGUCUUGAUUCCGGUGAUGUCGGUGGUGCGUGUAGAAACUUCCGCCUUUUUUGGUCGGUGGGGCGCCUCUGUCAUUGUACACACGCGCAUGCUGUAUAUGAUGUGAUUAGAACUGCGGGUGCGGUGAUUAUUUGUCAUUGGAUGUUGUGAGUUAACGAAAGAUCAAAUGAUUGUUCAGUA